AUUAAGUCAAAAAACCUGCUGUUCUAGGUGCUUGGAUGAGUCUCUGAUGAGCUCUUGGAGUCAUGUUUGGUGGACCAGACACUCCUGGGAAGGUUCUCCACUGAUCCACAUUCAUCAGCACCGUUUCUCUUUGUGGUUUUCUGCUGUUCCAAAUGACUCUGUGGCCGUAUCCAGACUGAUACAUGUCACUGACAUAGUUUUUCACAUAAGGGCCAGGUCAGUUUGGAUAGCUUGUAUCCAAACCGAUAAACUACAUUUCAGUUUACUCAGGUUAUCUUUGCAUCACAUCAAAAAAUGCUUGAUGAUCUAAGAUGUAGAAGUUUAGCAACAACAAUAAAGCAAAAACAAGAAAUCUUUUUUAGAGCAAUGUUGACUUUUAUCAGGUUUUAGAGAAUUCUAGGCUCAACAUUACUUGUGUGGAUGUAGGCAUCCCCUCCGCCUGUCGGUGUUGACCCAAGUUUGAACUCACAGAGAUACCAUUUUUAUAACACACAUACACACACACACACACACACACACACACACACACACACACAUGCACGCAUACACAUACACAAACAGAGAGAGAGAAAGAGAGAGACAGCAGUUUAAAGUCUCCAUCCACAUUUCAAUGACGUUCAGUUUGAUAGAGGUAGAGUCAAGUAGAGGACAGCGGUUCUUUCCAGUGACACACUAUCAUUUCCCUAUUCAUUCAUGAGAACUUGCUUGCUAAUCUGUGGGCCAAUGUCUCAGUAAGAUACAAAGGUAGCUCAGCUUGCACUCUGAAAAAAGCUUCCAAAAAACCCACAAAGACUAAUUAUUUACAAAUGCAGUCUGAGUCACAGAGACCCUGUUGAGAGGGAUUAGAGCCUCAUUUUCAUUUGGUAAGAAGCUUAUGAAUGUGCUUCUUAACACCUUUCUGCUCCUGAAUGCAGUUCAGCCUGCAGGCAUGACCGUUGGUCCUACAAGUGGCUCUUCAGCUAAGGUAAUGAGUUUGUAAACUAGCUGCUUUCACGGCCAACAAAAGAGACGCGCUUCCAUUGUCACAAGGAAUAUUUCUCAGUAAAAUCCACCGCGGAGCAGACUGUAGGCGGGGCCGAGCCACUGCCACAAUUAAAGAUGAACUUUGAGUGAACUAAUUCAUGUGAGGGAGGAGAAGGUGAGGCGAGGCAUAUAAAGGGCGGCAGGAGGAGCUGCCAGCCUCACAUGUUGAUGCAGCUUCACCUGGGCGGACAGACCGAACCGAACCGAACCGACAUGGCUCUGAGCACACUGCUGGCCUCCUUCCUGUGCACUCUGGUGCUGCCCGUCCUGCUUUUCCUGGUGGCGGUCAAGCUAUGGGACAUUUACAUGAUCCGCGGCGGAGACCCGAGCUGCCCGAGCCCGCUGCCGCCCGGCUCCAUGGGCUUACCUUUCAUCGGGGAGACGCUGCAGCUCGUCCUGCAGAGGAGAAAGUUUUUGAGGAUGAAGCGAGAGAAGUACGGUUACAUCUAUCGCACUCACCUCUUCGGGAACCCCACGGUGCGUGUGAGCGGAGCGGAGAACAUCAGGCACGUCCUGCUGGGGGAGCACAGGCUAGUGUCCGCACAGUGGCCCUCCUCCGUCCGCACCAUCCUGGGCGUGGACACGCUUUCCAACAUGCACGGCUCCCAGCACAAGACCAAGAAGAAAGCCAUCCUGAGAGCCUUUUCCAGGGAGGCGCUGGAGCUCUACAUCCCCGUCAUCCAGGAGGAAGUGCAUACUGCAGUCAAAAGCUGGUUGGUGCAAGACCCCUGUGUGCUGGUCUAUCCUGAAAUGAAGCGGCUGAUGUUCCGCAUAGCCAUGAGGAUUCUGCUGGGUUUUGACCCGGAGCAGAUCCGGACCGAUGAGCAGCAGCUGGUGGAAGCAUUUGAGGAAAUGAUCAGAAACCUUUUCUCCCUGCCCAUCGACGUCCCAUUCAGUGGGUUGUACAGGGGUCUGAGGGCCAGAAAUUUCAUCCACUCAAAGAUUGAAGAGAACAUCAAAAUGAAGGUGGAGGAGUCAGACAAAGGGUCAAAACACACAGAUGCCCUGCAGCAGCUCAUAGACAGCAGCAAGAAGAAUGGAGAGCCCUUCAGUAUGCAGGCCAUCAAGGAAUCUGCUACAGAGCUUUUGUUUGGCGGUCAUGAAACCACGGCCAGCACAGCCACGUCCCUCAUCAUGUUUCUGGGUCUGAACCCAGAAGCUGUGAACAAACUGAGGCAGGAGUUAUGGGACAAGGGGGAGAGUGGGAUGAACCUCCAGAGUCUGAACAUUGAAUCUUUGGAGCAGCUCAAAUACACAAGUUGUGUGAUCAAAGAAACACUGAGGAUCAACCCGCCUGUCCCUGGAGGCUUCAGAGUGGCUCUCAAAACAUUUGAACUGAAUGGCUACCAGAUUCCUAAAGGCUGGAACGUUAUCUACAGCAUCUGUGACACUCAUGAUGUUGCUGAGAUUUUCCCCAACAAAGACGACUUUCAGCCCGAGCGCUUCCUGACCAAACCCUCUGCAGACUCCUCCAGGUUCCAGUACGUACCGUUUGGUGGAGGUUCUCGGAUGUGUGUGGGAAAGGAAUUCGCUAAGGUUCUACUGAAGAUCUUCUUGGUAGAAGUAGUCACAAAGUGUGACUGGACCCUCUUAAAUGGACCCCCUGCCAUGAAAACUGGACCCACCGUCUAUCCUGUGGACAACUUGCCAACCAAAUUCAGCAGCUACAUGAAAAAUCCUUAGAGGUUCUGGACAUUAGUAGUUCUGUAAAUUUGAACAUGGUUUCCCGAUGGGCAGUCCCUGUCUGCUGUCUUUUUGAACAGAUUGUAUAUAUUGUAUAUUCAUGUAUUUUUUAUGACUAUGUAAAUAUAUCUAUAGGUAUAUUCACCUAAUUUGAGAACUAAACUAAAAGCACUAUAGGGUUACAUAAACACUUAAUCAUAUCAGUGGUUUAUCUGUAGGUUUUUUAUACAUACAUAGUUUAGUAUGUUGAUAUACAUUUUGUGUCUUGGCUCAAGGUAUUUAUGCAACUUGUCUGCUUUUGAAUGAGAUUUUUAUUUAAAUAAAACAGUGACUCAGGUCAGUCCA